ACCCACACCACAAUAGAGAUAGUGGGCUAAGUUGCUAAGAUAUUUUGCUAGCUCACUGACUAGCCCUUGUUGAAGAAAUGACGUUUUAAAUUCUAAAAUAAUCAGACUAUAAAUGUAUAAGGGUGGUUUGCUUGUUUAGUUUCCAAAUAUAAACCUGUCUAUCCGUCGAAUUUAAUUCAAAUAUUAGAGUUUCGUGUAACGUUUUGGUAUAGCUAGCUAACCUAGUCUCCACUUUAAAUCCACAACCUAGUUUGUUAGCAAAUUAGCUUGUGAGGUAAACCAGCCCUGUCUGCAUGCUAGCUGUUUGAUAGAAGGACUGCGGCUUCGUUGCUGCUGUUUUAAAGUUUAAAGCUUUGCUAAUUACAUCAUUUAGUGACUACGUUUGCUGCUAAAGUCUGCUAUAAAUUAACCAGUCGUGUAAUUAACCCCUAAAUCACGUUUUCUGGGUUUGGCAAAAGAAAACGACUCAAAGUUGAUUGGACUAGCUCACUUUUUUUUUCUCUCGGUAAGGCUAAGCUAGCUAGCUACGACUGGGCUAGCUAGCUAGCUUGGCUAGCUUUUAAGCUAAAUGCUUCUUACGAGAAUGGACCUUUUGAGCCACCAAUUUAUGGAUAAAAUGAACAAUAACAUCGGAAGACUUCACUACGAUUCUUAUGAUGAUGAUUCCGGGGACUCCAGGAUGCACACGUUGUCCUCUUCCACAGGAAACAGCAGGACAGGGACCCCGAUAAGCCCGAUUAAAAGGAAGUUUGAUGAUGUAGACGUGGGGAGCGCUCAGGAGUACGAAAAUGAACAAAUGGCCAAGAUGAGCUGCCUGCUUUCCUCUCACCUGGGAAAUCCGGCAGACGGAGACACCAGGCCAGAACCUUGGACUCACUGCCACAACCCGUUCGAGCACGGUUCCUCCACCAUCAGUGGGCUCCACGCCGGCCGUCUCUAUUCCCCGUUCCACUUCUAUGCCAUGGAGCAGCCGCUGGCUCUGACCAAAAACAGUACGGACGCGGCCAGGUCCUCUUUCCUCCCGUCGCUCGGCUCUACAGAGCGACAGCAGAAUCGUCCGUCGGUGAUCACCUGCGCUCCGGCGAGUAACCGCCCCUGCAGCCUCUCAAACUGUCACAUGUCUCCAAACGGCUUCUCCUCCGCUGAGAAUAACAUCAAGAGCAAAACUAAUGCCAACACCGUGUGUGAUCCUGUGAUCGAGGAACAUUUCCGCCGCAGUCUGGGGAACAUCUACAGAGAGCCGGAGGUGGCAUCGAACUCUGUGUCCAUCACCGGGUCAGUGGAUGAUCACUUCGCCCAGGCACUGGGAGACACCUGGUUACAGAUCAAAGCCAAGGGCGGCGGUUCCGGGAGUCCCGAGUCCACUUCAUAAAGUUCUCCAGAGAACCCGUCUGAACCUUCUGGGUUGGUUUGUUCUGGGUGAAACUCCUUUCACACCAAGUCUGAGCUAAAAAAUUAUAUAGUUUAAAAAAAAACAAAACUUCCGCUUCAACACUGAUGGAGACUAAUGGAGUUCUCCAUUUUUUUUUCUCGAACAGCCGCCAUGAAACUGACCUUAGACCAUUAGGAUCUCGUACAGGAUCAUGUUAAAACUAUGGCACUAAAUUAAAAGCGGCAGUAUGUAAUGUAGAAACCUUUCCGACUUACAGCCAUUUUAUGCCGCACGAGUCCGGUUUAAGGUGUAAGGUCUGAUUUAUACUUCUGCGUAAAUCUGUUUUAUUUUAUUUUAAGUUGAGAAAGGAAAAGGCGUUUAAACGUGUAAGCGAGUAGUUGGUGUGAAUUCCUGUAAAAUCGCAGUCUGUGCUGCUGUGCGUCAAGUAAAUGCUGAUUAUUUGAGCAAGGAAGUGAACUGGAUAACAGUGGGUUUGGGACGAGACCGAACCGCUCGACUCCAGAGCAAAACCUUAAAGCAGAGCAGGUCAGGAACCUGUUAGCUACGUUAAAUUAUACUGUAGUAAAACACUAUACGGUUUAUUUUUAAGGGUGCUUUUACAACUAUUAUGUUGUGAUUUGCUUAAUGCUACACUGCCCCCUAGUGAUAACACACACCACUGUCAACAUUUUAUACACAAUCACAGAUUUGCUGAAUCAUAAAUCAGACUGAAAAGGGGGUGGGGCUGAGCAACUGUGCUUUGUGGGCGGAGCUAAUUGUAUAAACAGAAGCAUGUACUUACAUUGUGCAGUUUUUCUACAGUAUAUAAAUAAAUUUUAACCAUUACGUACACCUUUAAGACAGAUUUAACAUCAGUGUGAUGAAGCUCAGAUCACUUGAAUGCCACCUAGUGGCCAUUUUUUAGGAAAAAAAUCAUUUCAGUUUCAGCGUGGUGGCUCUGUCUAAGUGUAAGUGCUAUAGUUAUGAAACGUACCUUGUGGUUAAACCGUAUUUUCCCGACGUCUCCGCUGUGCUGUACUUGAGAAUGUCAUCAGAACGAAAAGACGAAAGCCAUAAGUAUCAAUCAUUUUUCCGUGAGGACGGUGCAGGUGGUCUGAUCUAACGAGCACUUUAAGUUUUUGCGGUUAUACUGACGACAUCAUAGGUCACAUGACAAUGCAACAUGACGGAUGUAGUAUUUCCGGAUUGUAUUCGUACCACACACGUAUACGGAUCAGUAUGUACCACACCAGCGGGCGAGUAGUAGGUACUGAAUCGAAUGCAGUACGUGCUGACACAGUACGCGAAUUCGGACGCACGGCUGCCGUCCUUAAAGUAGGAUUCUUGAAAUAAUUCUCAGACAUGUGGCGUAGAUUAUGCAGGGCCUUGUUUAGCAUGAUCCUGAUGCACGUAUAGGAGAGUCGUUUUUCACGUUUUUCUCUCAAAAUUGGAGAAACUUGUACAGAACUUGGUGUGAAAGGUUAAAAAAAAAAAAACAAACAACUUUUCGAACAAUAGAUUUAUGUGAACAGGGCCGUGAACAAAUGUCAGUCAUGGAAUUUUUAUUUUUAUUUUUAACAUUUUUGAUUUUAAAGGGCUGCCAAAGAUGCUUUCUACUAUUUUGAAACAUUUGCUGUAUUUUAUAACCGUCUCAAACAUGCAGAUUUUUGGAUUUAAAAAAAAAAAAAGCAGUCUGAGAGCAUCAGCUGUUUGUGUUCUCAGAUCAAUCGCGCUUUGGAGUUUUGCUAAUUCUACAGUGAGUUAUUCAUAAUUACACAAAUUCUCAACAAACCUGUAAGAUAUCCAAUAUCCUGGGCUUUGGGUCGAGGAUAUGUUUAACGUUUCAUCUCUAAUACGCACUCAUUAACCACACACACGCGCACACACACACAGUCUUUUAUUUUAUUUUUAAUCUUUAAUCUGCUUUUAUAUAUAUAUAUAUAUAUAUAUAUAUAUUAUAAAAUGUACUUCAAAUAGCUGGUAUCUAUUACACACAGACUUCUAUCUUUAUACCAUUCAUUCUUAGUUUUUAUUUUUAAAUCAGUAACGGUUUUAGAAAGUCCUGCUGCUGGAACAGUGUACUCAAUAUAUUUUUAUAACAAAUGUCUUUUACAUAUGACGGCACCUCGCUUCGAAGCACAGCCUCUGGAAAGGCAUUUACAUGCAGUAUACACAGCUUUUUAAAUAAUUAUUGCAGUGCUACAGAUUUAUAACGCUUUUUUACAGGACCGAGCGAGAUGAACAGCAGCUUUAUAACACCGUUUCGUUAUUACUCUGCCGUGGUGUUCAGUUUUAUUAUCAUAUUUAAUUUUUUUCACAAAUGCAGUGUCCCAGAUGUUUCCUGUGUCUAGCCAUGUGCCGAUAUCUAGUUUUUCCAUCAUAUUAUUACAGUACUUUUUUUUUAAACAAAACUGCUAUUUACUGCGUGUUUUUCUUGUGCAGUAGAUAGAAUUUUCUCCCUGAUCGAUAUAAUUGCGUGCUCACUGGCUUAUGGAUGGAGAGGAUAAAAUAUUGCCCUGUAUUACAUCCUGCAAUACAACAACAAUCCAAAAUAAUAUCUUAACACACACACACGUUGAUCAUUUUCACUACAACUGAUAAAGGAACGUGUGAAGUUUUGCCAAAUUUCUCAUAUUUUGGAUCUCUGAAUUUUAACACGUUAUAACACGAGUUAUCAUUCAAAACUAGAGGUGGAGUGAUAGAGGAUGUUACUGAUACCGAUAACUAAAUGGGGUGGGACCUACCUGUACCUGUAGUUAUUAAAAUUGAUACUGAAUGAAAACAUAACAUUCAGAGUAAAAUAUUGCUGAAUUUUAUUACAAAAAUAAACAGUACUGACUGUACCAUGGAAAUGUACUGUACUUUUUUUAAUGAAAUAAAUAUUAAUGCAUUUUAACUAUUAAUAAUAAAUAUUAAAGUAAAUAAAACAUCCAAACUGAACCAAAAAGUAACACUCCAAAUAACAAAUAAAAAUAGACUUAAAAAAAAACCCCGCUUCAAAUAACACAACAAAAUGAGUCAGUGAUGGUUUUUAUUUCACCUCUAGAGGCCGCUCUUGUACUGUAUAAAGACAGCGGAUCCUUCUCAGCCACGACCGGGAAACAUUAUCGGGUGGAUUUCUGUCCAUAACCGAUAGUUCCAGCAGUUGUGCCCAUUUUAUUGGGUGCUGAUUAAUCAGCAAAACCGAUCAAUCGAUCGACCUCUAUUCAAAAAGUUACACCAAUAAAAACUGCAACGAGCCAGUCAACAUGCGACUCUUGAAUGAUUGACAGUUGCGUAGUUGCCCCGCCUUCUUCUCCCCAGUUCACAGGGUUCGUUCUUUGCUCGACUCGAUUUUCAGGCUUGAGAAUAGAUCUUUCUGUCUUUCUGUAGCUUUUUUCACAAUUUAGACAAAACAAUUCAAUAGUCCUGCUACUAACCGGCAUAUUUAUUACCUUACAAAUUAUUUUAACAAUAACGGUGAUUAAAAGGUGCUUUAAAAACACACACACUGCACAUUAUUACUCUGUGGUGUUGGCAGAUCUGCACGUGUGAACACACUAAAUGUCUCGGUGUAAAUCAAGACAAUUUUUUUCCGCCGAUUUUUUCCCCCCUCUGUAACAGUGCACAAACUUUUGCACUCCAUCACAUACACCGCUCAAUCACAUUUCUUUAAAAUCAAUAUUAAAACUCAGUGGUCCUUAUCAGUACGGGACAUU